ACCCUGGAAAUUCCGUUCACCCUCUUGUGCCACCAUGGUUGUCCCUGGCCUCAGAGUCCCUAUAAAGAGAGGUUUCCAACUCAGUCUCAGCACAGGACACAGUUGGGUUCUGAAGCUUCUGAUUGCUAUAGCCUCAGCUCUUGGAAAACUUCUCCUCCACCAAGACCAUGAAGUGUGUGGCUGUUGUCUCUCUCCUCAUUCUAGUGGCCACCUUCUGCUCGCCGGCACUCUCAGCACCAAUGGGCUCAGACCCUCCUACCGCCUGCUGUUUCUCUUACACCCUGCGGAAGCUUCCUCGCAACUUUGUGGUAGAUUACUUCGAGACCAGCAGCCUCUGCUCCCAGCCAGCCGUGGUAUUCCAAACCAAAAAGGGCAAACAAGUCUGCGCCAACCCCAGUGAGCCCUGGGUCCAGGAAUACGUGUAUGACUUGGAACUGAACUGAGCUCUAGGCUCUGGCCAAGAAGUCUUCAGAGAGGGUCACUUAAGCCCUGAUUCUUCUCAGUGAGACACGUCUUCUCUAACCUCACCACUCCUCCCCAUAGUUCCUGUCCCUUAUCUUAAUUUAAUCUUUAUCAUGUGCUGUGUUAUUGUAUUUUGUGUUAUUUCCAUUAUUUAUGUUUGUUUUGCCAAAGGAUACGUGUCCCCCAUGGGGAUGGUCCACCAUCAAUGCUGUU